AGUAAAUCUGCAGGGCUGACGGUCGCAACAAUCGAUUUAAGGAGGGGAGAACGGGAGUGAGCGGUCUGCGAAGAUAAUCCAUGUCGUCUUUCUCCUCUUCAAGGGAAAGUUAUGGGUUAAUUAUUAUCAUCAAAGCUCAGAUCGUCUUUCUCCUCUCUACUCUUAGCGAAGAUAGAUAUGGAAGCAAUCAGGCUGAAAUACGAUCACUUUGCGAGCAGCAUGGGGUAGAGGCAUAUCUCCAUUUCAUUCGACGACUCAUAGCAGCGUCAGCCUCUCGACUUCAGUCAUCCUCCAGCAGUACCUCACAGCAAUAUGACACUUCAUCCGCACUCACAUUCCGUCUCCUCGUUCAAGAAACCCAGAGGCUAGCAAGGGACCCAUUCCGUGCGGACUGUUUCCAUGAUGCAGUGAACAAGGGCGAAGGGGAUAUUUUUCGGCAUUUUGACCUGGCGCGUUUCGUAGAGCGGGUAGAACUUAAGCCACUUGAGCAGCUCAUCUUGGCGAGUUCCGUCGUGAGCGGCAGCAAUCGUCGAGAACUUACUGCCCAAGCUGCCCUGAUGGUUCGUGUUAACCUCGAAGAUGCUGCUCGGGCAUUGGUAGCCCGCCCCAGUUUUGAGCCUGUUCCGGGAUCAUCUGUUACGUCCAGUGCUUCGGGCUCCGCGGAUGAUUUGACUCCUCAGCAACUUGCCAGGCUGUUGAGUCAUUUGCUGAGCGAUCCACCCCCUGACAGUCCCAUAUUGGACCCCGUACAGCGAGUCAAGCUCAUUUCGGCAGCGCAGGUGAAAUUCGGCCAGGAAACAAUAGGGCCCAUCCUACGAAGCAUCUUUCCAAAGUUAAGCCUUUCGCCCGGUACCUCACUCGUAGAGGCACUUUGUCAACUAGGUCCAGGACUGACAAGUGAUCCUGACACUGUGUUGGCGCUUCUACAGCGUUUUGGAUUGUCAGCAUCAUCUCCUCCUCAUGAAAAUCAGGUAGUUCAAAUCUUGUCGACACUGGCCCGUUAUUCUGCUGAAGGCACACCAUUGUGUGAUGUUGCAUCUCUCAUAAUGGCGAUUUGCAGCAUGUCGGGCUCCAUAGACUGGUGUAACGUUCUUUUAUAUGCCUUUGACCACCCAGGACGGCCGAGAAUCGGUACUGCCACUUUGAAGCUUCUCGCUGCAAUCUUCCGAAACACUCCUAGGGACAGUGCCACGCCUUCCAUUUGCGCAUUUUGGAAGGCUUGGAGAAACACUCUUUACCAGCUUCGCCUCCUUGAUGCUCUCCUUUCACUCCCAAAUGAUACAUUCAAUUUAGUCAGUUUGCCUGGAAGGCGUAUUUUCACUGUCGAUGAUGUUGCUGGAGCAAGUUCCACCAUCAAAGCUCUUGUUGCGAAUGUGCAAGGCCAUACCUGGAACUCCUUAGAUCUUAUCGAAACUUUGGUGAGACUCGGAGAUUCCGACACCCCAAAUGUGGCGCAAUACGUCAGAAAAAUGCUUGAAAAAGCAGUUGAGAUCAGUGCGGAGUUGGUUUGCAUGGGCCUCCUACAAGUUGCGAAACCCUGGGGCCCAACGCAGCAAGAGUAUUCUACCGAGCUGUUUAACAUGUUUUUGGCUGGGCGCCCGAAUCAUCAGCUCGUCUUCAUGCGCAUCUGGCAAAUUGAUCCCGAGUAUUUGACUUCGGCAUUCAGUUGUUCCUAUGCAGAAAGCCCGACGAACAUCACCAGGAUACUAGAGGUGGUGCAGGAUUCGAGGAUCCUCGAUUCUCCACUGGUCGUUUCUAAUUUCGUCUUUGCCCUGGAUGUUGCCGCCCUUGCGUCUCGACGGGGGUAUUUCAAUCUUGACAAGUGGCUGUCUGAUCAUGCUAUCACACAUGGUGAAACAUUCAUCCACGCAGUGCUAGAGUUUUUGGACGUCAAAAUCAGCAGCGAACUCGCACGGCAGGAUCCUGGAGUCAAACACCAAACCGUGCCCCUCAACCCCCAGACUAUCACUAUAUUUAUCCGUAUGCUGCGUAGCAGCAACAUGUCUCCGACCGAUGCAAUAUACUUUACUGAGAUUCGUAAUCUCAGCUAUCGGCUUCAUCCCAGACUUAUGAACUUGAACCCAGGUUCUGAUGGAGAGCCUGGGCUCACCUUUGUCACUUUUCCUCCGGAGAUUGAAACUGAAGUUGAGACGAUCUAUCGGAGAAUGUAUGAUGGUAACAUCUCCGUCGGUGUGGUCAUUGACAUGCUGCGCGAGUCAAAAAAUUCCACCAAUCCAAGGGAAAAGGACAUUUUUGCUUGUACGCUUCAUUCGCUAUUUGACGAGUACAAGUUCUUCCAAUCGUCUUAUCCUGAACUGACUGGGUAUCUCUUCGGGUCGAUCAUUCAAUUCCGUCUCAUUGAUUCCAUCCCUCUCGGCAUUGCAUUGAGAUAUGUUCUUGAUGCAGUCCGGAGCCCGCCCGGCUCCAAUCUCUUCAUGUUUGGCAUCGAAGCCCUUAUUCGCUUCGAGUCCAGAUUACCUGAAUGGCCCCCUCUUUGCAAUGCACUUCUCCAGAUACCUCACUUUCAAUUGACUAGCCCAGCGAUAGCUGAAAGAGUACGUCAUGCUUUUACUAUCGCUAAAAUUGGGUCUGGGGAAGUGAGCAAUAAUACAGGCGAAAAGGCUUAUGUGGAGCCACUGGAGGGUAUGGAGGACCUAUCUAGGAGCGGGAUGGCGGAUGCUCAGGCUCGUCAUAUGGAGCCGAUGAGGCAGGUGCAAACACAGGCACACACUCAAGACCUGCCGUCCCUGGGCCAACAUGCACCCAAUGCGAUGCAGGAGAUGAAUGCAACGACUGCGCACAAGCGGCGCAAGGGUCGAGGUAGCUUUGGGGAUGUCUACAUGGGGAAAUAUGUAGGGACUGCUGCCGAUGUUGUCUGCGUGAAAGAGCUUAGCACGGCAGUGAAUCUGGUGGAGUUAGGUCCAUGGGAAAGGUUUCUUAGAUUGCUAAAGCGCGAGGUAAAGAUAUGGCAUGGUCUGGAACACCGAAACGUGGUCAAGUUUAUUGGUUGGACAUCGAGGGCCUUCGAAGACACUCUGACUGUGUGCUUGAUAUCGACUUGGUGUGGUGAUGGGAAUGUCAAAGAAUAUCUUGCGAAACACCCAGAAGCGGAUCGUCAAGGCUUGGUGAGUUUGAUGGCUCUCAGGUAUAUGUUUGAAAGCACGUUGGUCAGGGAUUGGUCUACUUGCACUCCCGGCAUGUCAUCCACGGCGAUAUCAAACCCGCAAAUAUCGUUGUAUCAACGGAAGUCAAUGCCGUUGCACAUCUGUGUGAUUUUGGCUUAUCCUCAAUUCUGAACGACACUGUGACAACACGUGCGCAGGCAUCAACCAUCUGUGGCACUCUUCGAUACACAUCACCUGAAUUAUUUAGCGGCAUUUCCAUCCAACGGAAUGAACUGAGUGAUAUCUGGGCAUUUGGAUGUACGGCAACUGAGAUCCUCACCAAUCAACCUCCCUUUAAUUGGAUAGAGCAAGAUAUCCGAAUACCCUCUGUCAUUGAUGGGCAACUUCCAUAUGAUGGGGUGGUUUUAGGUGGUUUUGGGAUGCUUCUCUCCCUUUGUUUUGAACGUGAACCAGACAAGCGACCAAGGAUUCAUGAGCUUUGUUUGCAUUUAAGGCAGGUGUGAGGCCACAGAUUGUUC